AGAUCGUUCCGUUCACACGUACAAAUAAAAAUUAAAUUUUUUUGUGAAUUUCUAUAAUUAUUUCGUAAAAGUUCCAAAAUGUCUGAUUUAAAUCGUUUAUCCUCAAAUUCAUGGACCUGCACCAAUGGCUUGGAAGACUGUGAAGAUCUCUCUUGCACUUCUGUGGUGGAAAGCAAAUGCAAUGUCGUCGCUGUGCCAGCAUCGUCCACACAGCAAGGCAGCGUCAACAGGCACAAUGAGAAUCUCGGGGACCGCAGGCAGCAAUGGCUAAUAGAUGCUGCCCCAAAUAAUAAUCGUGUGCAUCGUCAACUAGAAGUCCGUGUAGCAAGUUACACCCCAACUUCUGCAGACUCUGAAGACUCCGCUUGGGCUGCAUGUGCCGCUGCCUUGGCAGCAACAGAUUUCAUGCUUACUGAUGGUGCCGAUUGCAACAAGUUGAAGAAACGCAAGAAGUCAGCUGUGGGCAAAGCCAAGGCAAGGAAAUCGCUCUGUCGCAGGGCCACGAAACGCGCCUCGAAGCCCAAGAAGCGCCUCACAAAGCCCAAGAAAGGAUGCUCAAAGCCCAAGAAUAAGAUUAACGCUCGUACCAAGGCCAAGAAGGCGGCCAAAAAGGCCAACUAAAAGUGCA